AUUUUCUCCCGGAGAGUGGGGAGGAAAUCACAAGAAAACUCGUAUAUUGAUAUUGAGUAGAGUAUCGAUAUCGAUAUCGACUCGCAAUUAACAUUUAACAGUCACAAAGUUCCACGCUGGGGCUGGCUGUACCUGAAUCUAGUAUCUAGUGGCUGCGGCGCCCUGCUUCGUAGCUUUAGUUCCCGCUUAUUUUUUCCCCCUUUGAUUUCAACUCUGCUGAUAUACGUGAGAGCUUGCAAUGGAAGCCGACGCUUCGUCAUACAAGAUUAUAUUGGGCUCAUCCUCUAUUGCACGCCGGAAGAUAUUGGCUGAAAUGGGCUACCAAUUCACGACAAUGACCGCAGAUAUUGAUGAGAAAAGCAUCCGAAAGGAAACUCCUGAAGAGUUGGUCAUGGCUUUAGCUGAAGCCAAGGCUGAUGCCAUCAUCUCAAAACUCCAAACAACCAAUAGUCAAGAGGCUGUUGAUGAAUCGACAAUUUUAAUUGCAGCGGACACAGCAGAAGCUAUUUUAAAGAGGCUCCCCGUUGAUGACCACAUAAAGGAUGCUGAGCCAACAUUAUUAAUUACCUCUGAUCAAGUGGUGGUCUAUGAAGGCGUGAUAAGGGAAAAGCCAUCUAACAAAGAAGAAGCUCGACAAUUCUUGAAAGAUUAUUCUGGAAAGCAUGCAGCAACUGUAGGGUCUGUGCUAGUUACAAACCUCAAAACAGGGUUCCGUAAAGGAGGAUGGGAUCGUGUGGAGAUAUAUUUCAAUGAAAUACCAGAUGAGAUCAUCGAGAAGCUGGUUGACGAGGGAGUGACACUCAACGUUGCUGGGGGUCUCAUAAUUGAGCAUCCUUUAAUAUUACCAUUAGUCAAAGAAGUGGUAGGGACAACGGAUAGUGUGAUGGGACUUCCCAAAGCUCUGACUGAAAAUCUCUUAAAGCAGGCCGUGUAGCUGUCGCUGCCCUUGCGCCUUGGCAGACUAAUUAAUUUAAAUGACAUUAACCAAACUCUGCAUUUUCUGAGAACAGUAACACUAUUCUGCCGAAAUGUCGUGGCUGUCAUUUCUGGGCUGUUUCUGGCAAGAUGGCCAGUUUGCACAAUUGUUUUGUUUUGGUAACAUAUCGACAUUUGAGUUCUAAUUUAUCAUAUAAUAACCAAAUGAUUAGUUUGAGUAGACUAAAA